UUUUUCCCAUUUUAAUCACUAAAUUCUUAAACCUAUCUAAACCUUUCCAAUUCUAUUACUCCCCAAAGUUUUCUUCUCAAUCUUUUCUUCAAGUUUCUACAUUAUCAUUCAAUUUUGUCCAGAAAAUGAGUCACUACUAUAACCAACAACAAUCUCCAGCUGUAAAUCAUCCACCGAAAGUUCAAUUCGUCGCUCCACCUCCCGUCGGUUACCCGAUGAAAAACGGUCCGGAAACCGGGUAUAACCCACAUAAUCAACCCUCUGCUCCAUUAGAAACUACACAAAGAGGCGGAUGUUGUAAAGGAUUGUGUGCUGGUAUGUGUUGCUGCUGCCUCUUGGAUGCUUGCUUUUGAGGACUUAGUGAUUGUUCAUAUUUUUUUAUUUUGAGCUUGUGUUAUGUUUUUCUUUUUUCUUUUUAUUGAUAUUUUUUUGUAGUUUUAUUCUUUUCUAAGCACAAUAAUACAUUUUCUCGUGUUAUAUGUUGUAA